GUAAAAUUGGCAUAGUUGCAAGUUCAGUGUUAGAAGAAGCAGCGGAGAUCUCUCUCCCUCUUUAUAGUUUACUUUUGACUUACAGUAGAGAGAGUUUAGAGUUUUGAAUUUGGCUCCGAUGACGAAUCGUCUUCCUCCUUCGCUGUACGUUCCGCCUCACCAGCGCCUUGGUUCCGAUUACGGCUUCAAUCCUGUUCCUCUCUCUCCAGUUCGCUAUGUCUCCGCUUAUGAUGACCGCGUUUCCGAGGAUCGCCAACCGCAGGAGGGUACCUUUCACUGUGCCGACUUGGAUGAUUGGAAUAAGAGAUUUUCAAUGCUUUUGAAAGAUUCUUUAAAGCAAGAAGUUAUUUCCAGGGAGAAAAAAGAUAGACGGGAUUUUGAUAAACUUGCUGCUCUGGCUACAACCCUGGGAUUGUAUAGUCAUGCAUAUGCUAAGGUUGUUGUCUUCAGUAAGAUCCCACUCCCCAACUAUAGGUUUGAUUUAGAUGACAAGAAGCCACAGAGGGAGGUGAAUUUGCAUACUGACCUUCUUCAAAGAGUUGAAGCUUACCUCACAGAAUACCUCAGUAAAAGCUCUAAUAGGAUAGAUAGAGUCCCUGCCAAUUCCGUCUCAAGAACUAGUAGCAUUAGCAGUACUGAUGAAUGGUUUUCUGAGCAACCACUACCCAUCUCUGCCACCAAAAUUCUUUGGCAAAGGAGUUUGCAGCUGCGUGAUCGACAACAAUAUUGGCAGGCAUCCGUAGAAGGCCAAAGAAUGUUGGAUUCUCGUACAAGUCUCCCUGCUUUCAAGCAAAGGCAUUCAGUAUUGACAGCUAUUUCACAAAAUCAGGUUAUUGUUAUCUCUGGAGAAACAGGUUGCGGCAAGACCACACAAAUCCCGCAGUUUAUUUUAGAAUCCGAGAUUGAAGCAAACCGUGGAGCUUUUUCCAGUAUCAUAUGUACUCAACCAAGGAGAAUAUCUGCUAUGUCUGUUUCGGAGAGGGUUGCUUACGAGAGAGGAGAGCAGUUGGGUGAAUCUGUUGGAUAUAAAGUUCGAUUGGAAGGUGUUAAAGGAAGAGAUACCCGCUUACUCUUCUGCACCACAGGCAUUUUGUUGAGACGCUUGUUGGUAGAUAGAAAUUUAAGAGGAGUUACUCAUGUUAUCGUGGAUGAAAUUCAUGAGCGUGGAAUGAAUGAAGAUUUCCUUCUUAUCAUUCUUAAGGAUCUGCUAUCUCGUCGCUCAGAGCUUAAGCUGAUUUUGAUGAGUGCAACUUUAGAUGCGGAGCUUUUCUCGUCAUACUUUGGUGGGGCAGGUGUCAUUUAUAUUCCAGGAUUUACAUAUCCAGUUCGUAGUCAUUUCCUAGAGGAUAUUCUGGAGAUGACCCGGUACAGAUUGACUCCAUACAAUCAAAUUGAUGAUUAUGGUCAAGAAAGAACGUGGAAGAUGAACAAACAGAUCCCAAAAAAACGGAAGAGCCAAAUUACCUUUGUCGUUGAGGACGCACUGAGAGCAGCUGACUUCAAGGAGUUUAGCCCUGAGACUCGAGAGUCUUUAUCUUGUUGGUAUCCUGAUUGCAUUGGUUUUAACCUCAUAGAAUUUCUCCUUUGCAAUAUAUGUGAGAAUGAGGGUCCUGGUGGUAUUUUAAUUUUUUUGACUGGGUGGGAUGAUAUCAGCUCUCUGAAAGAAAAACUGCAGAUUCAUCCGAUCUUUGGCAACCCAGAUUUGGUUAUGUUGCUUGCCUGCCAUGGUUCUAUGGAAACUUUUGAGCAGAGGUUAAUAUUUGAAGAACCUGCAAGUGGAGUAAGAAAGAUAGUCCUAGCCACUAAUAUCGCAGAAACGAGCAUCACGAUCAAUGAUGUUGCUUUUGUCAUUGACUGUGGAAAGGCAAAAGAGACCUCCUAUGAUGCAUUAAACAAUACCCCCUGUUUGCUUCCUUCUUGGAUUUCCAAGGUUUCAGCUCAGCAGAGAAGAGGAAGAGCCGGUCGUGUUCGACCUGGACAGUGUUACCAUCUUUACCCAAAGUGCGUAUAUGAUGCUUUUGCAGAAUAUCAGUUGCCUGAAAUUUUAAGGACGCCUUUACACUCACUGUGCCUGCAAAUCAAAAGCUUAAACCUCGGAAGCAUAUCCGAGUUCUUGUCAAGGGCGCUGCAAUCUCCUGAACUACUAGCCGUUCAAAAGGCCAUCGCAUUUCUGAAGAUAAUUGGCGCAUUGGAUGAGAAUGAAGACCUCACGACUCUAGGUCGUUAUUUGUCCAAGCUUCCCAUGGAGCCAAAGCUUGGAAAAAUGCUCAUACUAGGAGCUAUUCUUGGUUGCCUUGAUCCCAUAUUGACUGUUGCGGCUGGCCUGAGUGUGAGAGAUCCUUUCUUGACACCUCAGGACAAGAAAGAUCUCGCAGAAGCCGCAAAGUCCCAGUUUUCACGUGAUCACAGUGAUCAUCUUGCACUUGUUCGGGCAUAUGAGGGGUGGAAAAAAGCUGAGGAAGAGUCUGCUGUAUAUGAUUACUGCUGGAAAAACUUUCUGUCAAUACAGUCGCUGAGAGCUAUUGAUUCUCUUCGAAAAGAGUUCUUCUCAUUACUCAAAGAUACUGGACUUAUAGAUGGAAACCCAUCGAUCUGCAAUUCAGAGGGGAAUGAUGCAAAUCUUACCCGAGCAGUUAUUUGCUAUGGCAUGUAUCCAGGAAUCUGCUCAGUUGUGCAUAAUGAGAGAUCAUUUUCCCUGAAGACGAUGGAGGAUGGCCAAGUUCUUCUUUACUCAAAUUCUGAAAAUGCAAGGGAGACAAAAAUACCAUAUCCGUGGUUGGUUUUCAACGAGAAGAUAAAAGUGAACUCCGUUUUCUUGAGGGAUUCGACAGCCUGCUCUGACUCUACUCUUAUCCUCUUUGGCGGUAGCAUCUCCAAAGGAGACACUGAUGGCCACCUGAAAAUGUUGGGAGGAUACUUGGAGUUUUUCAUGAAACCUGAUGUUGCAGAGAUAUACCAAACCUUGAAGAAAGAGCUUGACGAGCUAAUACAGAACAAACUACUUAAUCCUAAAGUGGAUAUGCAAGCACACCGUGAACUCUUAUCAGCUAUACGGUUGUUGGUCUCUGAGGAUGGAUGUGAUGGAAGAUUUGUGUUUGGUCACCAAAUACUUAGGCCUUUGGAAAUAUCGGCGUUGUCAACAAAACCGUCAUUGUUUUCAAGGACCGAAAGUGGGCCGGGGGGUGACAAUUCCAAAAGUCAGCUCCAAACAAUACUCACGAGGGCUGGUUAUACAGUACCGAUGUAUAAGACUAAGCAGUUGAAGAACAACAAGUUCCAAACAACAGUAGAGUUUAACGAGACACAGAUCAUGGGACAGCCUUGCAGCAACAAGAAGAGUGCUGAGAAGGAUGCGGCAGCUGAAGCUAUACAAUGGCUGAAGGGAGGGGCUAAGGAAAGUCAUGAGCAGGUGAAUCAUAUGUCAAAGCUGCUGAAGAAAGGCAAGAAAGAUCACCUCUGAUUGAGACCAAUGCAGAAAGUGAUACAGUCAGUGGGCUUCAAGGCUCAAAGGCUCUAUUAGAAUUGCACGUAUUAUAGAUUAACCAUGGUUUGGUGUGGGUAAUGGCAAGUAACUAUGGUUAAGCUUAUGUUGUGCUCAUGAGUCUUAUCUAUAUAAGAAGUCUAAGAGAGUUAGGAGAGUUUUAUGAGUAUUUAGUGAGUAAUCUAGGGGAGUGGGAGGAGCUCCAUCAACAAAUUCCUCAAGGUCUUGUAAUUAUCGGUCUUAUUAUCUAUGAAAAACCAUUUUCUAUAAGCAAAUCUUAUCAGAAAGAAGGCAUUUUUAUGGAGUCCAUAAUUUUUCUGGGCGAGACAGAGCAAAACUGGGAAGACAAAGGAUAGACUCCAAGCAUCUCUUUGUGAUCAAACGGAGCUGAAGGGAGAUAAAUGCUCAUAAUAUGACACAGAAAGGGUGGAGAUGGGGAGCACACUUCGUUGGUGCAAGCACAAAAGUGAGAGUCUGAGAGAGAUAGAGUCGAUCUGGAUAUGGUG